AUGCAUCUCACUGGCUGGCCUCGUGGUACCUCAGAUAAAUUUUUGCAUCCUGCUCCAGCGUCGAAGACGAUCACUUUAUAUCCUCUGAAAAGCUACAGCUUUGGGACAAAAGAGCCCAAUUACGAACGCGAUCGCAGUGUUCCAGCAAGGUUCCAACGUCUUCAGGAGGAUUUUGAAAAGUAUGGGAUGCGUCAUUCGGUAGAAGGCGUUCUUCUAGUGCAUGAGCAUAACCUCCCACAUGUUCUCUUACUUCAACUCGGCACUUUCUUUAAGCUUCCAGGUGGUGAAUUGAAUCCUGGGGAAGAGGAAAUGGAAGGUUUAAAAAGACUAUUGUCUGAAAUGUUAGGCCGAUCUGACGGCAUCCCAGUCGAUUGGGUACCUGAGGAAUGCAUAGGUAAUUGGUAUCGACCAAAUUUCGAGCCACCGCGUUAUCCCUAUGUCCCAGCUCAUGUUACCAAGCCAAAGGAACACACUCGUCUUUAUCUUAUCCAACUACCAGAAAAGACUAUGUUCGCUGUGCCGUCAAAUUAUAAAUUGGUUGCGGCUCCUCUGUUUGAAUUAUUUGAUAAUGCACGUGCAUAUGGACCCAUCAUUUCUUCUCUUCCACAGGUUCUUAGUCGGUAA